GACGCAGUGCGCAGGCGCGCUGGGCUUCACCCGCGCAGGCGCAGUCGCCUCUGCUGGCGUCGUCCCCAUGGAGCUGCCGUAGCGGACCCAGCACAGUCAGGAGUAUCCGGGAUGAGCUCAGCCGCGGCCGACCACUGGGCGUGGUUGCUGGUGCUCAGCUUCGUGUUUGGGUGCAAUGUUCUUAGGAUCCUCCUCCCGUCCUUCUCAUCCUUCAUGUCCAGGGUGCUGCAGAAGGACGCGGAGCAGGAGUCACAGAUGAGAGCGGAGAUCCAGGACAUGAAGCAGGAGCUCUCCACGGUCAAUAUGAUGGACGAGUUUGCCAGAUACGCCAGGCUGGAAAGAAAGAUCAACAAGAUGACGGAUAAGCUCAAAACCCACGUGAAAGCUCGGACAGCUCAAUUAGCCAAGAUAAAAUGGGUGAUAAGUGUUGCUUUCUACGUAUUGCAGGCUGCGCUGAUGAUCUCACUCAUUUGGAAGUAUUAUUCUGUCCCUGUGGCUGUUGUGCCGAGUAAAUGGAUAACCCCUCUAGACCGCCUGGUAGCCUUUCCUACUAGAGUAGCAGGUGGUGUUGGAAUUACCUGUUGGAUUUUAGUCUGUAACAAAGUUGUGGCUAUUGUGCUUCAUCCAUUCAGCUGAAUAGGAAGAUGGAUACAGCUAUGAAACUUUUAAAAAUGGAUUUUCUCUUAUUAGGUUAAAAAUCUGAUUUACACUGUUUUGUUUUUUAAGAAACAAAUGUGCACAGUUUCGAUUUUUUUUUUUUGUUGAAUAUGUUUGUUCUUGGACUUUAUGAGAGAUUCUUGUAAGAAUCAUGAUUUUCUACACCUGUCAUUGAGUCAAGAAAGUCCAGUUUAUGACACGUGUGUACAGUGAACACCAUCCUAGAUCUGUACGAAAUGUGAAAUGUUUAGGGACAUCUCCGUGCCGUCACUUGUGAUUUGCCCUCUUGUGUAUUUUGGUCAUAUUGCCAGCUGGAAAGUCAAAAUUUUCUAACAACUUUAAGUUCUUUGAAGACUUAGUGCUGUUUUUAAUCCAGUUUAGAAAGUAACUUAAUUUUAAUACCACUACUAAGAAUUCAAAAAGUUCUCCUUUAAUCACAUUCAAUACAACUAAAAGAACAACACUAAUUGGCAUUACUGGGGCUUUUUCUUCCUUGGUUUAAAAUGUCAUUUGUUGAGGAAGCAUUGUGUAGUAUUAUCUACUUACUUGAGGCUGUUAAUUUUUCAUUACAGUGUUUUGUAAAUGUAUCCACAAGACCAUAAUGCAUUGUUUUGUGCUCAAAUUGUGUUUUGUAUUUAAGGCAUUUUGAAUGAAGUGUAUUUUAUAAGCAUUUAAUAUUUAUGCUCUUUAGAAUGGAACACAGAAAACAAACCUUAUAAGGCCUGAUUAAAUUAAUCGGAACCAAUAACCUGUGUGGCCCACAAAAUCUAAUUCUGCUAAAUGUUUCUUCAAACACUUUUUUCUAAUUAAAAUCUUUGCAAGUGCU